CAGCGAUGGCGGGAGCCCCCAAUUUCAGUCCCCGCACUUCCCGCCUCCCCUUCCCACUCCCGCUCCCUCUGUCCUGCGAUGAGCUCAGGCGGACGCGGCGGCAAGCGGCGGGGCGCUCCGCCUCCGGCGCCCUCCGGGGCAGCGGCGAAGAGGGGCCACCCCGCCCCCAGUACCCCUCGGUUUCCUCCACCGGCGGCGGCGGCGGCCGCCGCGGCCACGGAGGAGGAGAUGAUGGACGAGGACGUGUUUCUGGACGAGACCAUCCUGGCCGAGGAUGAGGCGGCUCUGCUAAUGCUCCAACGUGACGAGGCCUUCGCCUCCCGCCUCUCGCGGUGGAAGCGCCCCGCACUCCCCGCUGACCUCGCCGCUGGCUGCUCUCGCACCGUCGCUUUUCAGCAGCUGGAGAUAGAUUACAUUAUUGGUGAGAGCCGCAAAGAAUUGCUGCCCAACUCAUCUGGUCCUGCAGCUAUACUCAGGAUUUUCGGUGUCACCAGAGAAGGUCACAGCAUAUGCUGUCAGGUGCAUGGAUUUGAGCCAUAUUUCUAUAUCAGCUGUCCAUCAGGGAUGGGUCCUGAUGAUAUUUCACAAUUUCACCAAACACUAGAGGGGAGGAUGAAGGAGUCAAAUAGAAGUAGCAAUGUGCCAAGGUUUGUGAAGAGAGUUGAGCUUGUGCAGAAGCAGACAAUUAUGCAUUACCAGCCACAUCAAUUUCAGCCUUUCCUCAAGAUAGUAGUUGCUUUGCCUACAAUGGUUGCUAGCUGUCGUGGCAUCUUGGAAAGGGGCAUAACAAUAGAAGGCCUUGGUUCAAAGAGUUUCCUGACAUAUGAAAGCAACAUUCUUUUUGCCCUUCGUUUCAUGAUUGAUUGCAACAUUGUUGGUGGCAACUGGAUUGAAGUUCCUGCUGGGAAGUACAGGAAAGCAGCCCGCGUUAUGUCCUAUUGUCAGCUAGAGUUGGAUUGCCUAUACUCAGAUUUGGUAAGCCAUGCUGCUGAAGGAGAAUAUUCUAAGAUGGCCCCAUUUCGCAUAUUAAGUUUUGAUAUUGAAUGUGCCGGCCGCAAAGGUCAUUUCCCAGAACCAACUCAUGAUCCUGUUAUUCAGAUAGCUAACCUAGUCACGCUUCAAGGAGAAGGCCAACCUUUUGUGCAGAAUGUCAUGACUCUUAAAUCGUGCUCUCCCAUUGUUGGAGUCGAUGUAAGGUCAUUUGACACAGAGAGAGAUAUUCUACUUGCUUGGAGGGAUUUAAUACGUGAAGUAGAUCCUGAUAUCAUAAUUGGAUACAAUAUUUGCAAAUUUGACUUGCCUUAUCUUAUUGAGAGAGCCGAGGUUCUUAAGAUAGUGGAGUUUCCAAUACUUGGUCGAAUCAGAAAUAGUCGAGUUCGUGUCCGUGAUACCACUUUUUCCUCAAGGCAAUAUGGUGUGCGUGAAAGUAAAGAUGUAACUGUGGAGGGAAGAGUGCAAUUCGAUCUUCUGCAGGCUAUGCAACGGGAUUACAAGCUGAGUUCUUAUUCGUUGAACUCUGUAUCUGCACACUUUCUCGGGGAACAAAAAGAGGAUGUUCAUCAUUCAAUUAUAUCUGAUCUUCAAAAUGGGAACUCAGAGACACGAAGGCGGCUGGCAGUUUAUUGCUUGAAGGAUGCUUAUCUUCCACAAAGACUGUUAGAUAAAUUGAUGUAUAUCUACAACUAUGUGGAAAUGGCAAGGGUCACUGGAGUUCCAAUUUCAUUUCUACUGUCGAGGGGACAGAGCAUUAAAGUCCUCUCACAACUACUCAGGAAAGCAAAACAGAAAAACCUUGUUAUACCAAAUAUAAAGGGUCAAGGGUCUGGACAAGAUACCUUUGAGGGUGCAACUGUUUUGGAGGCAAGGGCUGGAUUUUAUGAAAAACCCAUUGCAACUUUGGACUUUGCUUCUUUGUAUCCAUCCAUCAUGAUGGCAUAUAACCUAUGCUAUUGUACUUUGGUGCCUCCUGAGGAUGCCCGUAAACUCAACUUGCCACCAGAAAGCCUCAAUAGAACCCCAUCUGGUGAAAUAUUUGUGAAACCACAGCUACAGAAGGGCAUACUUCCUGAAAUCCUUGAAGAAUUGUUGGCUGCUCGAAAAAGGGCAAAAGCAGAUCUGAAGGAAGCAAAGGACCCUUUCGAAAGAGCGGUUCUUGAUGGUCGUCAGCUUGCCUUGAAGAUAAGUGCAAACUCAGUUUAUGGUUUUACUGGAGCGACUAUUGGUCAAUUACCUUGUUUAGAGAUUUCUUCAAGUGUGACCAGCUAUGGUCGACAGAUGAUUGAACAUACAAAAAAGCUUGUUGAAGAUAAGUUCACAACACUAGGAGGCUAUGAGCAUAAUGCAGAGGUAGUUUAUGGAGAUACUGAUUCUGUGAUGGUACAGUUUGGUGUUUCUACGGUUGAAGAUGCAAUGAAGUUAGGAAGAGAAGCUGCAGACUAUAUUAGUGGAACAUUUACUAAGCCCAUCAAGCUGGAGUUUGAGAAGGUUUAUUUCCCUUACCUAUUGAUCAGCAAGAAGAGAUAUGCUGGUUUGUACUGGACAAAUCCGGAGAAAUUUGACAAAAUGGAUACAAAAGGUAUUGAAACUGUCAGAAGGGACAACUGUUUAUUAGUCAAGAACCUGGUAACUGAGUGCCUUCAUAAACUGCUAGUGGACCGAGAUGUUCCUGGUGCAGUUCAAUAUGUCAAGAACACCAUAUCUGAUCUGUUAAUGAAUCGUGUGGACUUGUCUCUUCUAGUUAUAACAAAGGGUUUGACUAAAACUGGAGAAGACUAUGCUGUAAAAGCUGCCCAUGUCGAGCUUGCUGAGAGGAUGCGAAAGAGGGAUGCUGCUACUGCACCCACUGUUGGUGACCGUGUUCCUUAUGUUAUAAUUAAAGCUGCAAAAGGGGCAAAGGCAUAUGAGAAGUCAGAAGAUCCAAUUUAUGUUUUGGACAAUAACAUACCCAUUGAUCCUCAAUAUUACCUGGAGAACCAAAUUAGCAAACCACUUAUGAGGAUCUUCGAGCCAAUUCUGAAGAAUGCCAGCAAAGAAUUGCUUCAUGGAAGUCACACUAGAGCUGUCUCAAUCUCAACUCCUUCAAAUAGCGGGAUAAUGAAAUUUGCAAAGAAACAAUUAACUUGUCUUGGAUGCAAAGCUGUUAUCAGUGGUGCCAAUCAGACGCUUUGCUCACAUUGCAAGGGUAGAGAAGCAGAGUUGUACUGCAAAACAGUAGCAAAUGUUUCAGAGCUUGAGAUGCUCUUUGGGAGGCUAUGGACGCAGUGCCAAGAGUGCCAAGGCUCUCUACACCAGGACGUUCUCUGCACAAGUCGGGAUUGCCCAAUUUUCUACCGGCGAAGGAAGGCACAGAAGGAUAUGGCCGAAGCUAGGCUGCAGCUUGAUCGGUGGGACUUCUGAGCCUUUAAGUUUCCAUGCUGACAACUCGUCUUUUGCACAUAUUGCGAAAACAAUACUGCAGUCGGUUGCAUCAUGAUGCAAGACAAGAUGGGCAUGGACAAACGCGAGCAGCCGGUCGCCCUCUUGAGCUGAGCUACUUAAAUAGGCUCUGCUGUGCUGUACGAUUCAUCCGUAUGUUUGUUGUUUAGGCGUGAGUUCUUAGUCGGUAGGAGAUUAUUAUUUUUUAAACUAACCGGCGGCAGGAGAUGUGCCUAUAUAUUAAUUAAGAAGAAAGUCUGAUGGGCUGUUUGUUCA